CCCCGCAGCGCUUCUGAUGAUCAGCUCGGUGUGUGUCUCCUCCUACCGCGGGCGCAAGUCGGGGAACAAGCCUCCGUCCAAAACAUGUCUGAAGGAGGAGAUGGCCAAGGGCGAGGCGUCGGAGAAGAUCAUCAUCAACGUGGGCGGCACGCGACAUGAGACCUACCGCAGCACCUUGCGCACCCUGCCGGGCACCCGCCUCGCCUGGCUGGCCGAUCCCGGCGCGGGGAAAAAAAAACCCGUGGCGGGGGGCCCCGCCAGCAGCGGCAGCAGCGGCGGCGGGGGCUGCGAGUUCUUCUUCGACAGGCACCCGGGCGUCUUCGCCUACGUGCUCAACUACUACCGCACCGGCAAGCUGCACUGCCCAGCCGACGUGUGCGGACAGCUCUUCGAGGAAGAGCUCACUUUCUGGGGCAUCGAUGAGACCGACGUGGAACCCUGCUGCUGGAUGACCUAUCGACAGCAUCGCGACGCCGAGGAAGCGCUCGACAUCUUCGAGAGCCCAGAUGGAGGCGGCGGCGGCCCUGGGCCCAGCGACGAGGCUGGCGAUGAGGAGCGAGAGCUGGCCCUGCAACGCUUGGGCCCCCACGAGGGAGGCGCGGGCACUGGCGCCGGGUCCGGGGGCUGCCGCGGAUGGCAACCCCGCAUGUGGGCCCUCUUCGAGGAUCCCUACUCCUCCCGGGCAGCCAGGGUGGUAGCUUUCGCCUCUCUCUUCUUUAUCUUGGUCUCCAUCACCACCUUCUGCCUGGAGACUCAUGAGGCCUUCAACAUCGAUCGCAACGUGACAGAGAUUCACCGUGUGGGGAAUAUCACCAGCGUGCGCUUCCGGCGGGAGGUGGAGACAGAGCCCAUUCUGACCUACAUCGAGGGCGUGUGUGUGCUGUGGUUCACACUGGAGUUCCUGGUUCGCAUCGUGUGCUGCCCCGACACGCUGGACUUUGUGAAGAACCUGCUCAACAUCAUCGACUUUGUGGCCAUCCUGCCUUUCUACCUGGAGGUGGGGCUGAGUGGCCUGUCAUCCAAGGCGGCCCGAGACGUCCUGGGCUUCCUGCGUGUGGUACGUUUCGUGCGCAUCCUGCGCAUCUUCAAGCUCACACGUCACUUCGUGGGGCUCCGCGUGCUGGGCCACACGCUCCGCGCCAGCACCAACGAGUUCCUGCUGCUCAUCAUCUUCCUGGCGCUGGGGGUGCUCAUCUUUGCCACCAUGAUCUACUACGCUGAGCGCAUCGGGGCCAGACCCUCCGACCCGAGGGGCAACGACCACACUGACUUUAAGAACAUCCCCAUUGGCUUCUGGUGGGCUGUGGUCACUAUGACGACACUGGGCUACGGGGACAUGUACCCUAAGACGUGGUCAGGCAUGCUGGUGGGGGCGCUGUGUGCGCUGGCCGGAGUGCUCACCAUUGCCAUGCCGGUGCCUGUCAUUGUCAACAACUUCGGCAUGUACUAUUCCCUGGCCAUGGCCAAGCAGAAGCUGCCCAAAAAACGAAAGAAGCACGUGCCCCGGCCGGCCCAGCUUGAGUCGCCCAUUUACUGCAAGUCGGAGGAGACCUCGCCCCGGGACAGCACCUACAGUGACACCAGCCCCCCUGCCCGGGAGGAGGGUAUGAUGGAGAGGAAGCGGGCAGACUCUAAGCAGAAUGGCGAUGCCAAUGCGGUGCUGUCAGACGAGGAGGGAGCUGGCCUCACCCAGCCCCUGGCCUCUGCCCCUACCCCCGAGGAGCGCCGGGCCCUGCGACGCUCAGGCACCCGAGACCGGAACAAGAAGGCGGCUGCCUGCUUCCUGCUCAGCGCCGGGGACUAUGCCUGUGCUGAUGGUAGUGUCCGCAAAGAGACCUGCCAAGACGCCCUCUCGUCCAACUAUGCCCAGGCUGAAGUCCUCACCCUCUCUUAAGGCGGCACCAACGUGAGAGAGACAGGCAGACAGACAGAAAGCCAGAGGCUUAGGGAAACUCUGGAACCCAGGCAAGAAUCUUUCGCUGGGAAAGACUCAGAUAUCCUUGUUUGCGCAGGACUGGUGGAAAUCUCCCAUGCGACCCUCGGGGCCCAGAGCCAUCUGGGUCUGAUGUUCUGUUCUACUGUACAUUGAAGAGAUAUAUAUGCACAUAUAGUAUCUAUAUUCAUACAUACUAUACUCUUGUGUGUAGUGCACGUGCUAUUGGUGGUCUGUCUUCUUUGUUAGGCUGUGUCUCCCCACCCCCAAGUUUCCCAUCCCCUUUCCCUUCACCGAUUCCUUGUCUCUGCUGAAUAUGUGUGGAAUGUCCCAGGAAAAAUGCACCUGGGAACUGCCAGUCCAGCUGGAUAGUCCCAGGCUACUCUCUCCUGGGAGUGUUCCCCUUGUCAGCAGAUGGUCUGUUGAAGUCUGUUGAAGGCCAGACUGCCCCCAGGGUUACUGCUCCACUAGCCCUGCCCCACCCCAGAUUGGGGUUCUACCUCCCACCCCAUGCCCCACUUGUGUGGGGGUACUUCCAGGGGCUCCUUUGCAGCCUCCUCCACUCCUUUCUCCAUCCCAUCUUUGUCCAUAACUGAGGGGCAUUUUGUCCUUUCUUUUCUUUUUUGGUUCUGUCUCUUUGUCCACUUGUUUUAAAAAGAUGCUGCUGGGCAGACGGGCAGGGCAGGGGUCUGUCUGCCUAUCUGGCUCAGGGGUCUGAGAAGGGGAAGCCUCGGGCAAGAGGAGACCAGUUGCAAUACUGUACUUCCUGGCCUGUGGCCAGAGGAUGCGUGCAAUAGCAGAGGCCAGGUGACCCCUUCAGCCUCGGCCUCUGCCCCUCCCUCAGCCCUUUCUCUCCACUCCCACCCCUUCCUGCCCCUCCCUGGUGUUGGUCAGUCCUUUUCUAAAGCUGUCCCCUUGUGUGUGUCUGAGGCAUGCCUAGGCUGGGCACUGCUGCCCUGUCCUCAUGCCUUCCACUGUCAUGCUGUGCUCGAGCCCUAAUAAAGACAUCUGGAGCAUUCUGCUGCUCCU